AUGAAGAAGAUAUUAGUUAACUUUUUUGAUGCAGAUGUUUCAUUUUCUGCUGGUUACAAUUUCUUCUCCAUUUCCAAUCUGAAAAUCGAAAAUAACAUUGGUAGGCUUACGUGCAAGUACGUUUCAGUUAAUUUGUUCGACAGAAAACUUUUGAUUUUUUCACAAGUUGAAACUAACUUUGAUUACGAAGUUAUCCGGAAAGCAUUUAACAUUAUUCAACGCGCAAUAAUACAUAAAGACUCUGGAUUAUCAUUUUUCUACAAUUGGAGUGUUAUUAUCAACGGAAUGACGAUUAAAGGCGAACGCAAGCUUGAAAUUACUAAAGCAGCAUUCAAACUCUCUUCUUCUAAAUUUGAUUUCCAAAUCGAGAACUUUAAUUACGAAGAUGAACAGCUUUUCCUCAAAAUUCCAAAAUUAUCUCAAGCAUUCCAUUAUUUUGGCCAUAUCCCAAAGCUAAUAUCAUUCUUACGUCCCAAAGUUGAAGUAAUAAUCAACAAAAAUGUAAUUCAAGCAAAAGUUUAUUCAUUAAAAGCUUAUUCACAGAAAUCUCCCAUUUGGAGGUUCACAUCCGACGAAUGCGAUGCAGAGAUUACAUUUCGACAAAAAGAAACCAUCGGUACCUCAACAAAUACCUCAAUAACUUUUUCAUUUCCUCUUAAUUUGAAUAUUUCUCUUGUUGAGAGUAAUUUUAUUAUGACAAUCCCUUGUCUUCUUGGAACAUCAGGUAACAGCAUCCUCGACAUGAAGAUUACUGCUUUAGAAUUGAAAACAGGAAUAAUAAGUGCGAAAACCUUUGAUGUUACGAUACAUACAUCGAUAUUACCAAUGAUAAUUCAUCCAAUACUAUUCGACAACACUAAAUUUUCGUUCGAAGACUUUAAUGUCAAAGCAGAAUUAAAUCAAAAUUCAUUUUUCAAGAUAAUUUCGAAGAAUUAUGAACAAUGCCAGCGUACAUUCAAGUCAACUAAGACUCAGCUUGAGUUUGAUCUAUCUCAUAGCCGCCCAUUGUUUGUAGAAGUUGAAGAUAUAAAUUUAGAUAUGCACCAGCUUAUUCAAAUGAACACUUUCCAUCUCAAAUACGCAUUCUUGACCGAUAUAAUGGAAGUUCUCAAGCUUAUUAAUAACUCAAGUUACUUUUCUAAUAAUUAUAAAAUUAUUACUAAAAAAGGAACAGUUGAGAACGUUUCCAUAUUGAAUGCCACCUCUAUCUCAGACGCUACGAUCAACGUAAACAAGAAACCGAACGCUACAAUCGAGAGAUCUCGAAAUAUGGUCGACUCCAUCUUCCCAGGGGCCAUCAAUAUCAGCCACGUGGUCGGUGUUCAGGAAUAUUCUAUAACAUGUAAAGCCGGUGAAUUGGUGUCUUCUACGAUAGAUGUGGCCGAUUUCGAAAUUGAGGGUAUGGUCUAUCUUUUGUUGCUGGCAGGAGAGAUCAAACAACUUGAAUUUUGCGGUAUGAUUGAUAUUAUCGCAAAAUCUGCCCACGUUUCCAUGAAAAAUGUCCAAAUUCCUCCACUUUGGAUGAUUUCAAUGGACAUUGGAGAGGCAGGAAUACUCCUAGGCAAAGAAGCAAUCACGGCUUAUAACGUAAUCGGCGAUUUAACUGAUUUUAAGUUCGAAACAAUUUCGACAUCUCAAGGAAUUGUUGGAAAAAUCGGAAAUGUCAUACCUCAGAAGGAUGGCCGUGCAAAGAUAUCUUUGGAAGAACUGAAUAAUAACGGUUUUGUACUAAAAGUCGUGAAUUUAUUCUUCCAAAACCAAAAGCCAACGAAAAUAUCGGCAGAAGAGGUCACAUUCGGUAAUUGUGUAGCAAGAGAUUAUAGAUACGACUUCAUUCGUAAUGAAAUGAAGUCUUCUUUCGUUAAUCUUGAUUUAGAUCACAUGAAAGUCGAUUUCGCAUCAUCAUACUUCUCUUACGCAUCCAUUGACCAACUGAAUGUUGGUAAUUACUCGUUAACCAGCGUAGAGAUCGUUGUUUCGACCAGUUUCAAAAUUAAUGCGAAAUCUUUUUCAUGUAUCAGCCGUCCUGGACUUACAAUCAACGCAGAAAACAUUGGUGUUGAUGUAACAGACGUAAUUGAUAUAACAUCUACUAAUGUUGAUGUUCAAUUAUGGAUGAAAUUCGAUUUUCAUCAAAUCUUUAAUUUAAUUCAAGGAAAAUCCAUUUGUUUGAACUUGGAUAAGAUCUCAAUCAAGUUUACAGACGGAAGAAUGCCUGUUAACCUUGCUGAAUUGAAGAGAUUCAUCUUUUCUUUCACAAAUACGAAAUCUGAAAAUAAUUUCACAACUUGUGGAAGAUUUACAGCAGAAUCAUUUGAUUUUUAUGAUAUAAUAGUCGAACCAAGACUCAUUAUGUACAUUUCUCCUUGCGAAAACUGUAUUUCUUUCUUAAUUUCGAUAUCCAACUACAAAACAAUCGAAAAAUGUUCAUUAAAGAUCGUGGAUUGUUAUAUAAACUCCAAGAAAGAUGAUAUCGCAAGAAUGUCCAGUGUUUUCUCUCCAAUUAUCCCUGAAUUAUCUAAUUCACCUCCAAUUUUCUCUGAAAUCCUUUCAAUUGAAGAACUAGACAUCGGAGGAUUCCCUCUUUCACUCAGUUAUCUUGAUAAUACAUCUUAUUUGUUCGGAUCAGAAAGAAUUUUCCAAUUUGCCAUGCCGCCGAUGAUUAUUAACAAGAGGACAAUGUCAUUUGGUGGUCUUAUUUACUAUGUGUUGAUGGAAAGAAAGAGACAGAUUGUUUCAAUGACAGAAAACACGAUUCAAAAGGAAAGUGACAACAAAGAUCAGAAUAACUCAUCAGGAAAGAACAAAUCAGGUGGAAAGAAGUAA